AUGUACAAGAAGGCGCUGUCCAGGCUCUCCAAGCUGCCCAAGAUCGGCCUGACCAAGGGCUUCUGCAUCACCCAUCCCAAUCUCAGCGCCAGCAUCGUCGUGGUAGCUGCAUUCAUGGGCAUGUUCUUGGGCUCAGGCGUGACAAACUCGUAUGGUGUGUUUGAGGAAGAAUACGAGAAGCUGUUCAGCACUGAAAACACCGGUGCCAGCAGGUCCAUAUCGCCGGCCAUCGCUAUCGGUGCUGUGCAUGUCUCAUCCAACUACCUGUUUACGACCAUUGCUGGAGCGCUCUGCGAGCGGGUGGGCAUGGGUCUGACGACGCUGGUCGGCGGAAUUAUGCUGUCUGCAGGCCUGUUUGCGGCUGGAUUCUGCAGCGAGGUAUGGCAACUCACACUGACGCAAGGCAUUCUGUCGGGCGCCGGCGUCGGCACGGUAUUCAUUGUGGUCUCAACAAUUCCAACGUCAUGGUUCCGCAAAAAGCAGGGCUUCCUGAUAGGCCUAGUGCACUCGGGCUCAGGCGUUGGCGGGCUCGUUCUCGCUCCACUCACGCGGUGGCUGAUCAACCAGUACUCGCUGUCAAACGCAGUCAAGAUCCUCGCUGUGAUCCUCGGAAUCGGCAUCGCACUGGUCAGUGUUGGAAUGAGCACUAAGCCAGGAAGAGCUCAUCGAGGCAGAGGCCGCAGGCCGAGGAGCUCGAGAACUGCGAGAUGGCAUCCAAUAGUGACGGGAUGCUCGAACAGCAGCCUCCGAUUCAGCAGCCUUGCUGCCAAAAAGCGCCACUCGGUGCGCAGCUUUGGUGUGCGCGACGUACACAGCACCAAAGGCGUCCUGCGGUCCAAGGAGUUCUGGUUCCUGAACGUGGCCGUGAUGCUGGCGGAGGCUGGCUUUUAUGUGGUGCUGUUCUUCUUGCCCGGUGUACUCGAUCGGCAUUGGCCUCACGAGCGAGCAGGGCGCCCUGAUCACAGGUGUGGCGAAUGGCGCGACGAUCAUCGGACGGAUCACGAUCGGAUACAUCGCCGAUGUGGCGGGCAACGUCAACAUGUUCUUCGUCACGCACAUGCUGGUCACGAUCUCGUGCUUCUUUGUGUGGUACCCGGCCAAGUCGUUCAUGAUUAUGAUGAUAUUUGCAUGCGUGUUUGGGCUGUUUGCGGGCAGCCUGACGCCGAUGGUGCCACUGUGCUCGGUGACACUGUUUGGCCAGAACGGACUGGCAAACAAUGUUGGGUUGUUGGGGAUUGGGAUGGUGCUAACCACUUCGGCUGCCCCUGUCGUCGCCAGGGUCCUACCAGCAGUGGAUACGGCACAGUCGCGCUGUUCUGCGGCGGCGUGUACUUGAUCGCUACUCUAAGCAUUCUGGCGCUGCGUAUUGGGGUUUCGCGGAAAGUCUGGCUCAAGAUCUAG